AUGACCAGCAGGGGGCGCUGUUCCCUCCGCCGCUUUGUUGUCGUCGAGGCGGAACUCCUGACCUCAGUCCUCCUGCUGCUGGUCCGUCUGCGGCCCCGCUGGCUCUGUUUGUCCGCAGAAAGCAGCAGGAUGUGCGCCGUGCAGCUGCUGCGGGUGUCGGUCCGUGAGCGGAUCACCGCCGCCGCUGAAGACGUCCUGCUGCGGCUGGAAGCAGGAGAAGAAGCGGCGCUGAGAGCGCUGCUCACCGAGCGGCUAACGGCGGCUGCGGAGGAGAUCGUCGGUCUGUUGGAGGAAACCGUGGCGGAGUACGAAGACAGAGUGGAGCGGUCAGAGCGGGAGAUCUGCCGCCAGAGGAGGCUGCUCGAUGCCGUGCUGAAGCCCCAAGUCCGGCUGCACAGAACAGUUCUACCGUCACAUUUCCAGAGAGUGGUUGUUGUUAAAGAGGAGCAGCAGCAGAGGAGCUCCAGUCUGGACCAGGACCAGGAGGAGCCAGAACCCCCACACAUUAAAGAGGAACAGGAGGAACCUCGGACCAGUCAGCAGGGAGAGCAGCUUCAGGGGCUGGAGGAGGCUGAUAUCACCAAGUUCACAUUCACUCCUGUCCCUGUGAAGAGUGAAGAAGAUGAAGAGAAAUCUCAGUCCUCACAGCUUCAUCAAACACAAACUGGACAGAUGGAAACAGAAGCUGGUGGAUCAGAACCAGACAGGAACUCUGAUCCAGAUCACAAGACUGGAGCCUCUCCUGAGCCAGACACUGAUGACAGUGCUGAUUGGAAGGAGACCAGAGAACCUCAGUCAGCUUCAAACUCUGUGAGAACUGAUGAAGUCCCUGUCAGUGAUCUGAGGUUUAGUACUUGUGAGAAACUGUUUGGCUGCUCUGAGUGCGGGAAAAGAUUUCCCCGUAAGGAAACUCUGCAGUACCACAUGAGCACUCACACAGGAGAGAAACCGUUCGUCUGUUCAGUUUGUAAACAGUCUUUUGCACGGAAACCAAGUUUACGCAAACACCUGAAAACCCACCAGGCAGAGAAACGAUUCAGCUGCAGCGUUUGUAACAGCAAGUUCUUCUGGUGUCAUCAGCUUAAAAUCCACCAGAUAGACUGUUGUUUGUCUUCGUCUUUCAGCUCCAACUGAUGUGUGAUUGAUUGUCACUGAAUACUUAUAUAAAUGCAGUUUGUGAUGGUUUAUUAAGGAGUUUAACCAAUGUUUGUACUUUAAUACCAAAAACAGUUUUGUUAACUGAGCAGUUUGCUGCUGAUGAAACACUUGUUUUUGCAUAUUAAGUUUGUUUUAUUUGUUUUCAUAAAAUAAAAAUGAAACUUCAAGCUUUUUAAAUCUGUUUCCUUAAAAUAAAAGAGGACACGUUUGCUCUAUUUAACCCUCUGAGACCAACAUAGAUAUUUUUUUGUGGUGGUAGCAGGUCAACAACUCUGCUCUGAUGGAUAUAAAUAUUUACAUUGGACUGCUUAAAAAAUUGCAUUAUUUUGUAUUUUGUAUAAGAAAAAAUGAGCAUCAAGAACAUUCAGACUUUGAUCAGUGUUUGAAGAAAUAUUGAUAAUUAUUGGUUAGUGUAUGUUUUUAACAUUUAACUUAUAAAAAGCUGGUCCUGUCAGUCAUGUUUUGAUUCUGCUAUGAUGGUGGAUGUUUUUUUAUUUCUCAUCUUAUUUAUUUUUUAUAAACAUCUCAUUCAUAUUUCUAUUAUUUUUUACCUUUUUUCUGUACUAAUUUCUUUACUUCUGUGCAGGUACAGUUUGUUUUAAUUUUAUUAAAUCAAAUAUAUAUAUUAUAAAA